CCCAAACUCUGUAUGCCAAAAGUUUCUCGCUCAUGUUUUCACGCAGCCAUGGUUAGACAUCACAAUCACACCAUUAUCAACGUUAUUCUCUCUCUAACAACCAUUUCCCUUCUCUCUCACACAAUCCACGCACAAGACAAACCUCUGAUCCUCAGCUGCGGUGGCUCCCCAGGCUCCGCCAAAGAUGCCGACGGCCGAUUUUGGGAUCCAGAUGACAAAUUCCUCUCCGCCGGCGCUAAAUCCGUCGCUGUGAAAUCCGAUGUUCAGGAUCCUUCAUUGCCGUCGGAAAUUCCUUAUAUGACGGCGAGGAUCUUCCAAUCGGAAGGAAAGUACCAAUUCCCGAUCAAAGAUGCGAAAUCUCGGACGAUGCUCCGCCUCCAUUUCUACCCCUCAUCCUACCCUAAUUUCGACAUCUCCAAAUCCUACUUCGCCGUCGUGGCCGGCGGCGUGACGCUGCUGAACAAUUUCAGCGCCUCAAUUUCAGCGGAGGCGCUCUCUCAGGCGUAUUUCAUCAAGGAAUUCUUCCUCGCUCCGCUGGAUUCGCCAACGCUCGAUGUCACGUUCACGCCGGCCUCUGGAGCGUUUGCGUUUGUCAAUGGGAUUGAGGUUUUGCCGAUCCCUGCGAUCUUCGAUUCGGAUCCGGCGCUCGCUGGCACCGUUGGAGCGGGCACUGACGCUACUGGGGCGACGACGGUGCCGAUCAGCGAUAGUAGCAUGGAGACGAUGUUUAGGCUGAAUGUCGGCGGUCAGUAUGUGUCGCCGGUGAACGAUUCCGGCGGAUUGAUGCGGAGUUGGUAUGAUGAUAGUGUUUAUAUGUACGGAGCGGGCACUGGUGUUGCGGUGGCGGCUAAUGUGAGCGUUGCUUAUAAAAAAAUGCCUCCCUUCAUGGCCCCACUUGAUGUGUACUCAACCUAUAGAUCAAUGGGAGCAUACAAAGAUGUGAACAUGAAAUCAAAUCUCACAUGGAUUUUCGAGGUUGAUCCGAAUUUCAUGUACAUGUUGAGGUUCCAUUGGUGUGAUUCCGAGAUGACGAGGUCGAAUCAGAGAGUUUUCAACAUCUACAUCAACAAUAAAAGUGCCGAAUACGACGUCGACGUGUUCGCCAUGACCAUGGCCACGGCGAGCCCGGUCAAGAAGGACUUUGUGGCUCGAGUCGCAUCUGAGUCGAGCUCCCAGCUCUGGGUGUCCAUGCACCCGUCAGAGUUCGCCAAGUCCCAGUUUGCCGACGUCCUUCUCAACGGACUUGAGAUUUUCAAGCUGAGUGACGUGGCCAAAAGGAGCCUCGCGGGCCCCAAUCCAUCCAUCUCUGACCUCAUGAGGAAGUAUCAGGAUAGCCACAUGGGGCCCGCGUCGUUUGAAAAGGAGAAAUCCGUCAUCACCACAGUGAUCAUCACGGGGGCGGGCGGGGCCUUUGCGUUCGGGCUCGCCUUCGUCGUGUGCGUCUUCAUCUACCAAAGAAAACGAAGAGGCCCAAAAGGCGAUGGCGCCACCACGUGGCUACCCAUCUCAUGGAACUCGAACACGAGCUCCAUCGCGAUAAAAUCCUCUGUGUCGGGCCGGAGCCAGGGCAAGACCAUCUCGUCCGACGCUGCAUGCAACUGCCGCUAUUUCAGCCUAACCGAGAUCAUCGGCGCCACCAAGAACUUCGACGAGUCCAACGUCAUUGGCGUGGGAGGCUUCGGGAAAGUGUACAAGGGCGUGGUCGACGGGGACACGAUGGUCGCCGUAAAACGGUCAAACCCGUCCUCUGACCAGGGGAUCAACGAGUUCCAAACGGAAAUCGAGAUGCUCUCGAGGCUCAGGCACCGGCAUCUCGUCUCGUUGAUCGGAUUCUGCGAGGAUAACGGCGAGAUGAUUCUAGUGUACGACUACAUGGGGCAAGGGACGCUAAGGGAGCAUCUCUACAAGGGCAACAAAGUCUUUCUUUCAUGGAAACAACGUCUAGAGAUAUGCAUCGGAGCAGCAAGAGGCCUGCAUUACCUCCACACCGGAGCAAGAUACACCAUCAUCCACAGAGACGUCAAGACCACAAACAUCCUCCUCGACGAAAAAUGGGUGGCUAAAAUGUCCGAUUUCGGGCUCUCGAAGACCGGUCCGGACAUGAAUAAAGGCCACGUCAGCACGGUGGUGAAAGGCAGCUUCGGGUAUUUAGAUCCAGAGUAUUUCCGGCGACAACAACUAACCGAAAAAUCCGACGUGUACUCGUUCGGAGUGGUGCUUUUCGAGGUUCUAUGCGCUCGUCCGGUGCUGAACCCUAGCUUACCAAAGGAGCAAGUGAGCCUCGCCGAUUGGGCGAUGAGGUGCGCGAGAAAUGGAACGCUUGAGGAGAUCAUUGAUCCGCAACUGCAGGGGAAAAUGAACCCAGAGAGCUUGAAGAAAUUCAUGGAAACCGCAGAGAAAUGCUUGGCUGAUCACGGCACGGAUCGUCCGUCGAUGGGCGAUGUGUUGUGGAAUCUGGAGUUCGCUCUACAACUACAUGAAAAUCCUGACCACAAAAGGAGCGAAUCUGCUGCGACAGGAAGCGUCGACUACCAAGGACAAACCGACCAGAAUAGCAUCAUGGCUAUGCAUAGGAGCAUUCUCAAUAUUGAAGAAGAUGACGAUGAAGAUGAUGAAGAAGCAAGGAAACCUAAGUACGAGAGUGAUAAUCCAGAUGAGAUUUUCUCGCAGAUUGUUAACCCUACGGGCCGUUGAUGUAUGCAUAUAUAACAUAUAUUCAUCACAAGAUUCGUUAUGAAUUGAUGCUGUUGGUGAAUUUAUGACUCUCGA